GUUUUGCUUUUUUUAGUGAAAACACGUUAAAUGAAAAUAAAAGUUGUCACAUUUUUAUGAAACAGUUUUGUGUUCUGGUGAAUUCGGCUCAUGUGACAUCAGUAAAUAUUGAUUAUUAUUUAUUGAUUAUUUGUGACCUUCCUCCUCCUCUUUGUCAGCAGAAGUUGGGAGACUCCUACCGAGGGUUCUGCUGCUCGGAGGCCGAGCUGGAGGCCAUCCUGUUGCUCCACAAGCAGCAGACCGGCUGCGUCUUCGGGACCCGUCAGUCUCCGUCUGUGGACAAACCAGCAACCAGGCUCAUGUGGAAGUCUCAGUACGUCCCGUACGACGGCAUCCCGUUCGUCAACGCGGGCAGCAGAGCGAUUGUGAUGGAGUGUCAGUUCGGACCUCGCAGGAAAGGACUGAACAAGAGCUGUGAACACACUUACAGAGCUACCUGUCCCGCCAGGAUCUACAUCAAGAGUCGGAAUUUCGGAAGUUCGGCGUUCCCCCGGAGCCGACGUGGAGCAAGAGGACGCUCCCCACAGGGGAUGAGAGUCACCGUGCAGUCACACCUGGGAACGCCCGCGCCCGCAUCCCCCCGCGGUGCCCUCCCCGACCCGCCCUCCACCCACCGCUGCUGGGAAGGAGGAGGAGGCGGAUGA